AUGUCUUGUCCCGAGGUUGAGAAUGACAUCUCUCCACAUCAAUAUCUCCUUCUUCAAAAAGAAAAAGUGGAUCCAUUGAUCAUUCUCAUGCUUAGUGCUCAACAUAUUUUUGUGCAUACCAUUAUAGUCACUGGUAGAGCCAAGGAGUUCAGGAGUGUCCAGCUGGAAAGGUGUUUCAUGGUAAGGAUCUUACAUGAGGAAUGUAAUCCCACUGAUGUGGAAAAGCAUGGCUCACUCCAGAAACGUAUCUUUGCAAAUAAGAUACUGUACUGCACUCAUAUGCCAUUAGUUGUGCCGCUGAGGAGAUGGGCCCUAAACUCCACUGAAAUAAGAUUUAGGGCAUUUGAUUUGACUAGAUUCUUGGCAAUUUUCGAUAUGGAGGUUCUCGUAUUCCACAUGGGUUUCAUUGAUCACCCUUUUGGUUCUGGUUGUAAGUUAUCUUUGCCGGAAGAGGGGAAUUUGAGGCCCAGGAAGAUGGAAAGAGUUAUUCAGCCUCCUUUGGUUGAUACAACUGCAUGUCUAUGCAGAGUAGAUACAGGCCUAAAAACUGUUGCUGGAGCAAAAAGGUAUGUUCCUGGAACAAAGCUCUGUCUUCGGCCUGACAUUAAACCAUCCAUUCACCCAACUAGAAACAAGCCAGCACGUGGUGACAGAAGCCGCAAUCAAUCCCCACUACUUCCAGGACUCCCUGAUGAUCUAGCUAUUGCUUGCCUAAUUCGAGUCCCACGCGUUGAACAUCGGAAACUUCGGCUGGUCUGCAAAAGAUGGUAUCGUCUUUUGGUGGGUAACUUCUUUUACUCUCUCCGCAAGAGUCUUGGAAUUGCAGAAGAGUGGAUAUAUGUUAUUAAGAGGGACCGAGAUGGGAAAAUCUCAUGGCAUGCCUUUGAUCCUGUGUACCAAUUGUGGCAGCCCCUGCCACCUGUUCCAAGGGAAUAUUCUGGAGCUCUUGGUUUUGGCUGUGCUGUUCUCAAUGGCUGUCACCUGUACUUGUUCGGUGGCAAGGACCCACUAAAGGGAUCCAUGAGACGAGUCAUAUUUUAUAGUGCUAGGACAAAUAAAUGGCACCGAGCCCCAGAUAUGCUCCGGAGGCGGCACUUCUUUGGCUCCUGUGUCAUAAACAAUUGUUUGUACGUUGCUGGUGGGGAGAAUGAGGGUGUGCACAGAUCCUUGAGAUCAGCUGAGGUGUAUGAUCCCAACAAAAAUAGAUGGUCAUUUAUUUCAGAUAUGAGCACUGCAAUGGUGCCUUUCAUAGGAGUUGUCUAUGAUGGGAAGUGGUUCCUUAAGGGACUUGGUCCUCAUCGGCAGGUUCUGAGUGAGGUCUACCAGCCAGAGAAUGAUAGCUGGUACCCUAUUUAUGAUGGAAUGGUUUCUGGCUGGAGAAACCCUAGCACUACCCUAAAUGGAAAGCUCUAUGCCUUGGACUGCAAGGAUGGAUGCAAAAUUAGGGUUUAUGAUGAAGUCACUGAUUCAUGGAGCAAGCAUAUUGACAGUAAAAUGCAUUUGGGGAGCUCGCGAGCUUUGGAGGCUGCUGCUCUUGUCCCCCUGAAUGGGAAACUCUGUAUCAUCCGGAAUAAUAUGAGCAUUUCUCUGGUUGAUGUUUCAAAACUUGAAGAUUUGAAAGGAUCUUCUGCUGAACAGUUGUGGGAAACUAUUGCUGGGAAAGGGCAGUUCAAGACAUUGGUCACAAAUCUGUGGUCUAGCCUUGCUGGGAGAAACCGACUCAAAAGUCACAUAGUUCACUGUCAGGUUCUUCAAGCAUAG